CAGAGCAUUUAAUAUCACCCAGAGGAGGAGCGUUAGCCUUCCGCAAACACACACUCACACACAACACACACACUGGGGAGAGGAGGAGGAGGAGGAGGAAGAAGACGACAGAGGGGGCUGCCACUGAACGGGGAUGAGAAACACCUUCCCCACUUAGACACAACACUCCCUUCCUAGGCUGAACAAUAUCUUAUUAAUAACCCACUAUCCAAUAUAACGAAUAGACCACAGUGCCUCCCUCCAACACAUCCACACAAACAUCACAUUCCUAUGGACAGGCACGUGCAGGAACAAACCUAUUGAACCUAUACCAUGGAGGACUGUCUUCAUACUUCUUCUGAAAAUCUUUCCAAACUGGUCAGUUGGGCCCACAGUCAUGGGACCAUUUGCAGUCUCAUUCCAAAUCUAAAGCACCUACUUUCUGAAGGUUCCCAUGGCAACCUGACAGCUAUGUGGGGCUGUAGUGCGGGCCACGCCUAUCACUGGCCAUUGACAGCAACCUGUAGGGCUGGCUCGCAGGAAAGAGUAUGUUUCCAGGACAACAGAAGCUUCAACUCGGACAGUCCCAGCAUCAUAGGUGUGCCGCCAGACACACAAACCAGCCCAGUAGAUCGGUACUCUGGGAGGCCAGGGAAAGGAAAGCUGGACUGUAACAGAACCCGAGACUCCUGUGACUUUUCCUACUGCAGUGAGCCUUCUGAAUUAGAUGAAAAUGUGGAGGAAUAUGAAGAUGAAGCUACUCUUUUUGACAUGGUCUGUGAGUCUUCGGUGACAGAUGAAGACAGUGACUUUGAACCUUAUCAGCAAAGAUCUCAAACCAUUCCUCGUAAAAGGCCAGGUCCCAGUUCAUCCUCCUCAUUUCAUUCAGGCUCCCACUCUCAGGUCAUUGAUGGAAGCAGCAAUGAUGUAUUAGUUAAAAAAAUCAAGCAAGAAAUCCCAGAGGAUUAUUACAUUGUGGCUAAUGCGGAAAUUACUGGUGGCAUUGAUGGGCCUGCAUUGUCCUUGACACAGAUGUCAAAACCCAAAGCUCAUGCUCAUCCUGGAGCCUCCUACUCGGUGCCAUCUAAGUCCACCCCUCAUGCAUCACCUCCACUCAGUGCUGAAUUUGAUUUGCAAAAUAUGUCUGCCUCUUCACCAAUCAUAGCAAGGCCAGCAGUUCAGAAGCCUCCAAAAGUGACUUUGGCUUCUCCAAGCAGAGGGCCUGGUAGCACCCCAGCAGUCAACCCUCAGGUAGCCCUCCAGAUGCCUGCUAGCACUUCCAGUGCUGGCAAACCAAUAAGCAUUCCUCUCUCAGCCUUGCAGCUCCCUGGGCAAGAAGAACAAUCUGCCUCGGAAGAUCUUCUCCAGCCUGUGCCAAAUCAAGUUCCCAGUGAUGUAGCAUUAUCUCCUUCAGUUAGCACAGAGCCAGAAGUUAGCUCAAGCCAGCAGCAGCCAAGCACUGCUCCCACCAUCACCACUGAGCCAAUGGCACAGACAAUACCAGAUCAAGAUGAAAGAGCAGCAGAACUGAGCAGAGAGCAAAAUGAAAAAACCAUCCGCAGUACCCAGACCGCUCUCCGUAACUUCGCCUAUUCCACAAAGCUUAACAAAUUCCCCAUCUUUAAUUUUGAUGAUGACUUGAAGUAUCUCUGUGUCAGUGCUGUGAGCCCAAACACGACUAAAGCAACUCUAUAUGCUCUGAAUGUGUGGCGGUACUGGUGCAUGACCAAAGGGCUCAAAGAUUACAUGGAUAUUACCAAGAUUCCAGCUGUGAAACUGAAUGAACUCCUUGAGGAUUUCUAUGUCACUGUGAAGAAAACAGACGGCUCUGAUUUCCUGGCCACAUCUCUGCAUGCGAUCCGCCGAGGUUUAGACCGCAUCCUGAAGAACGCUGGGAUAGGCUUUUCUAUCACGAGUGGGAACUUCAGUUCUUCCACCAAGAAGCUGAAGGAGAAACUGCGGGUGCUCAGCAAGGCCGGGAUGUCGGGUGCCCGCUCUCGCCACAUUGUCUAUUUUUCCCUUGCGGAUGAAGAAGAGAUGUGGAGGAUUGGGUGCCUGGGCGAUGGGGGUCCAGUAGCCUUAUUGUCCACUGUGGUAAAAUAUAACAGCCAGUACCUGAACAUGAGGACCUUACAGGAGCACGCUGAUUUAAUGUAUGGUGACAUUGAGCUGCUGAAAGAUUCACAGAAUCGGCCGUUUUUUGCCAGAACAGACAAUGUGAAGCGGGAGAAAAGGAUGGGCCCCAACCGAGUGUGCUAUGGCCAGAUAUACCAUGAGCACUCGAAAGGGCACAAGCUAUGCCCCUACUGCCUCCUUUACAAGUAUAUGUACAUCCACCGGCCUCCUUCCCAAAUGGAAGCCAAGUCUCCCUUUUAUCUGACUGCUAGGAAGGAAACCACUAGUCUGGGCAACACGUGGUACGAAGAGCAGAGGAUGGGGCUGCGCUCUCUGAGGGGGGUUGUUCCAAAGCUGGCUAAAAAGGUCAAACUUGACCACUGUGAGAACUUUACUUUUGUGUCAUUCACUCAGGCCUCACGGAAGUUCAGCCCCCUUAACUCCUAUCAGUAAGUCUGUGGCCCCUUCUGCUCACAUCACUACAAGUCAGCUGCACAACAGGCACUGAAGGGUCAAGGGUUUCUUUUAAUCUGCACACAGUAAACCUGCCAUCCAGUGAGUUUACUAGACAAACAGAAAGACCUGCUGAGAUUUCCUUUGAUAUCUUUAUGGAAGCACCUGCUAUUUAAUACAAAUGGAAAGACCUGCCCUUAAAAUAUGUUACUAUAUCAUUAAGACAUUGUACAGCUACGCACAGUAAAAAUGCUUCAAGAAAAAGAAAACCAGUUCCAGCACAGUGCCUUUUGCAUCACCUUUGUCAAUCACCCAUGGUUUCAGCUGGUCAAAGAAAGAGAA